AUGUUGCGCUCCUCGUUUAGCAAAGUGACGCGUGUUGUGCCUUCAAGAUUCGCACAGACGCAGGCUGUCUCCAAAGCCGCCAUUGUCGACCUACACAGCCGUUGGGAGGACCUACCAGCCGUCGAGCAACAAGAGCUAGUCUCGAAGUUGACCGAACGUCAAAAACUCCCAUGGUCGCAGAUGACUGAGACCGAGAAGCAGGCCGCUUGGUACAUAUCAUACGGUGAGUGGGGCCCAAGAAGACCCGUGCACGCCAAGGGCGACGGUGCUUACAUCGCCAAGGGUGUUGUUUUCGGUCUUGUGGGAUCCGUUGCUCUUUUCGCCUUCAUCAGACAAUUCGGCGGCGAGGAACCAAAAACCAUGACUAAAGAAUGGCAAUUGAAGUCCGACGAGUACCUAAAAUCCAAGAACGCUAAUCCAUGGGGUGGCUACUCCCAGGUUCAAUCCAAAUAA